CCGUUUGGGGCAGCUCUAUUUUGAGGCCCAAUGACAGCAGAAGAGAAAAAAAACGUUCACAUUUAGUGUAGACCUCAACAUCUCCGGUAAGGUGACUGAUGCUCCGUUCUUCGGCGAUUCCUUUUAAUCGCUUGUCGAAGGGCCUCUUGACCACUGGCAUUGACUCCCAGGUUGUUGAAGCCAAUGGAUAAUGGUAGUCAGUUUGAGAGGGUGAACAGUGUAAUGUCCCAAACCCAAAUAGGCGAAGUUGGCCUCUGUGAUAAUUUACUGCAUUCCGAAGAACUCCAUGUCCAAACUCAAAACCUCAAUGAAACAAGCACACUCGCACACAGUCAGAGUCCCUCUGAUUCACAUAACAUGGAGGGGAGAACAUGUGGCUUUAUUCAGCAGGCCUCUCUUAACAACAACGAGAUGGAGGAAAAGGAGGAAUACGCUGCAAAGAAAUAUGAUGAGGGAGAAGAUACAGAUGAAGCGAUGAAGGAAGAAGAGGAGGAGGAGGAAUCUGAGGAAUCGGCUUCUCUGAUUCGCUGUCAGUCUCCUGAUACUCCCAUGACCGAUUCUUCAUUUUCAGAAACUGGCAGUCUGCUGGAUACUCCAUAUCCUUUUAGUCCUGGUACCAGUCCAGAACCGACCUCUCCGGUCAUCGCAGCCACUUCAGAAAACGUACUUUCCAUCAGCACUUUGGAAACAGGCCGGAGUGAUGUGGAAGCCGACUCUUCUGUCUCCAGCACUGGAUCGGAAAUCUCUUUAAGAGGGAUGACUGCCUCUCCUCAUGACCAUUACUCCACCGCAGGGACUGCAGAUGCAACCUUCCAAAACCCUGCCUCACACACAUGGUCAAGCAGCUCAGCAGGACAUACAGACGCCUCUGACAGGAUAACAAAAACCGUAUCCAUACAACCGAUGACCUCAUCCAUGGACCUCAUCUCCAACUGUGAGCCUGCUGUUAGCAGAGGCUCUUCCAUUCCACCUGGGCUCUCAUCUGCAGAGACACUGGCUGCACUAACAAGGCUCAACGCUUCCACUGCUGCUUCCACCCCUGGGAGGGCAACAGUAGAACCCUGUCUCUUCACCGCAAAGCCUGAAUCAGCUGAUCGAGAGCUCACUUUCACCAACUCACCUGUAUCAUCAAACCAAGAACUGAGUACUUUUACUCCAGUCCCCACCUAUGCAGGUGGGCCUGCUCUGUUGGAGUCUCUUGAAGACUUGGUGCAAAGAGGUGAUGACGCCCGCCUUCCACACUACCUUCAUCAGAUCGCAGAGGCCUUUGUUCUUCAGGAAGACUACCAGCGAGCGCUAUGCUUCAUCCAGCUAGAGAGACUGUAUCACCAGCGACUAUUGGACAACCUCGGUGCACUUCAAGAGCAGUGGGAAAGUCGGUGUAGCAAGAUGACCUCUCACCUUACAACCCAUCAUUUGGAUUCGCUGAAAAGUAUCUGCCAGACUCACAAUCGGCCAAGGACAGGAGAUGCUGAGUGUGCAUCUGUGGAUUUUAUGAAGCCUGAGAUGGAAGGAGGUGGUGUACAGCUGCUAUCUAUGUCUGCUGGAGGGAUGGAUCAGUCCAAGCCUGCAGAGCAGCAGGGAGAGGAUUCACAUCCAGGACGGGAAAAGGAGGAAACGGGGGGAGCAGAGGAGGAAGACUGCGGUGUGGAGGAGGCAGCAGAGGCUUUGGAGCUGGAAGAUGGGGGAGCAGAAGAUGAAUGGACGGAGAAGCAGGAGGAAGCCAGCUUUUGUCUGACAGCUCUACCAACUCUACUAGUGGAGACUCUGGCCAGUGGGGCCGAGGUGGAGCCGCUACGCCAGGUUGCUUUAGCUCAGGAGAAACACCAUCAUGACUCGCAGGAAAGCUCAGAAACCACUCUGCACAAGGAAGCACAAUCCUAUCAAGAGACCCUGAUGAAGAUGCAGGAGCAGCUUGAAGAAGACGAGGAGGAAUACGAGUUGGAUCAAGCUGAUCUUUUCAGAGAAGCGCCCUCACUGGAUUAUAUGGCAAAACUCAUCACUGUUGAAGAGAUCUCCCCUGCUUCUGGCCUGGUUUCUAUAUUGAAGAAACGAGUUAACACGGAUGCCGUCAACACCCCAAACCGCUCGGAACCUGUACCCAAGAAAGGCUUUGCUCAAAGACGUGUUCGCUUCAAAGUUCCUGAUGACAGCUAUGAUAAUGAUCUUGGCGGUGGGGAUUCCUGCCUGCUUCUCUUCCUUCUCUGCCUGGUGACCGUGGUGAUCAGUGUGGGAGGCACUGCCCUGUACUGUGCUCUCGGUGAUACCCACUCCUCAGUCUGCCAGGACUUCACCAGUAACGCCGACUUCUACAUUCGCCAGAUACACCGCGGCAUGAGUCAGCUGCAGCACUGGUUUGCUCCGGGAUCCUAGCAAAGGAACCCAACCACAAAAAUGAACCGUUGGAGUUUCCUUAUGCGGCAGUUCCUUCUGCCAUCUUCAGUAAACUGUAGGAAUGAUUUCAGAUACAGCUGGAACUUUUAAAGCACCUUUUGGAGUCAAUAUUAAUUGACUGCUUCAGUUUGGAAGGCAGAUCUCCAGAGACAGGAGUGAAACGAAAAAGGUGAACACUUUCAUGUCUGUACAGAUUGAUUUGAUCUAAAACUCUUCAGUUGUGGCUUAGAAACUCCCUGAUGACUUUUUAGGCAACAGUAAGAGCUGCAAAGAUUUAUUACUGAACAUCAGAGGGAGAUGAAUCAGUCUGGAUUACACACAAAACACCGCCUGGACCGGAAGGAAAAGGAAGGAAAAUGUGGGGAAAAUAUAUAUUCUGGGGUAUUACAGUAAAAAGUAAGAAGUAUUUACUUUUUUUGUUUUAAAUACUUGUGCAACAAAUUGUAUUUUAUCUUUACAACAAUAUGUCUUAAUGUCCUAAGUAUGUCUUAAAGCUUGAGUGUUUUGGAGCACCUAUAUGCUGUCAGAAAACACAUAGAGGUUUUAAUUGAGCCAAACCAAACUGCUAAUGCAAUACAGUCAUGUCAAAUAUCUUGUAUGAAAAAUAGAUGAUUAGAAGAGUUGUUUCUCAAUUAUUGCAGUUUGCAUUUGCAGUCAGGGGUUGCUAAGGAGCUCCUAAAGCCGUUUGCUGUUUGCUGCCAGAGCAGGUUUACUGUAAGCUGACACUGCUGGAAAGUCCUUGUGACCUUUUAUUGGUUUCAACAAGGUGGCCUCAAUGUGUAGCAUAGCAACAUGUAGUAAAACACAUCCACCUCUGUGUGUGGUCAGAUCUUAUAACAUGUUGGACACGAGAAUGGUACAGAUUCCUUCUUUUUUCAGAAUUUUGCAAUAUUUUCUACAGGUGUUGUUCCGUUAGGCCUCAGGGUGGCCUGACAUACACGAAACACAUCCAUAUGCACUAACUGUUUGCACAGACACAUUUCGAAGAGAUGGGUUGUUUUAUUAUUGAGAUUUUCUUAGUUAAUGCAGAAGGUAAUGAUAUUAAUAGAUGCUUGGUGCAGAUAAUUGGUGCAGGACCAGAAAAAAAGCUGUAUUUAACAGUGUUUUUAGAAGAAUCCGGGCAUCGUUAACUAUCAUUCAGUGGGAUUUUGCCAGUAUAUAUUUUUUUCCUAUUUUUCCCACCACUUUAGUCUUCCCAAUCAAUCAGUUAUAAUGUUUGCCAUUUUUUUGUCAAACAUUUUGUCCCCAUGUGUUGUCUUUUUAGAGUAAGACUUUAAUUAAGUCUAUAGGUGCAACACUUAUAAUUAAGCCUUUAUUUGCAGGACUUCAUCUUCUAUUUUUAUCCUCACUUUAAGAAAGUGAUUGUUUUCCUGAGGUCAUUUUAAAACUAAAUCUUUCUUUUCUUCAGAGCUAAUGAUAUGUAUGUAAAACAGCACCAUGUUGCAAUAAUUUGUUUACUUUAUUGAGUUUUUCAUAAAAUAGCUGUUGUGGUGGAUAAAUAAGAAAUGUCCUUGGAAGUCUCCAUUUUUUGUUUGAAAUAAGAAAAGUACCUUAUUUUACAUUAGUUCUAAAAGUUAGCAUUAUCUCUUGGUCUUAUUGUAUUUAUUAAAACCAAAAAAUAUGAUAAAAGGCUUAAGGAUUCUUCAAGACAUUUAAAAUAGUGGAUUUAUGUUUGUUAUAAUUUGCACAUGCCAUCUGGCUGGUUCAGAUGAAAAUACUCAGCUUCUUAUUUUACCAUGAAGGUGAUUGCAAUUAUUUAUAAAUCUAAAAAAAUAAUGGUUUUAAGCAGUUUAAAAAAAUUGUGUUUAUGAAUAUGAUCUUCUUUCAUUUUUUUUCUCUAGCAUCUUUUGGCAGAGGCACGUUUAGCCUGAUUCCCCUGUCAUUGUGGUGUCGUUCUGUUGUUUUGUGCCUUUUUUUUUUCAUUUUUUAAUUGGUUAUUCCUAAAGAUUUUCAGAGACUGGUAAGUUUCUGCUACUGCUGCCAGUGUAAACUUUAAUCAUGAUGGUUGUGAAAGUGUUCACUUCUCUCCAUUUAUUACUGCGGUAUGCCUUUUCAUUCUUCUCAGCAGAGCCCUAUCAACUACAAAUGGUUUUGAUUUGUUAAAUAUUUUCAAACUUUUUCUGGGUGUGUCAGUGGUGUUCCACUUUUAAUGCAUAUAAAAGUUUUUAUGCAUCACUUGAUAAACUUUCUGAUUGUAACAAAAUUAUGAGGUUUUUCAUUGUUAAAAAAAUACCUCUUUGCUGUUAUGUCUUGUAUUAAAAUAAUUUAUGUUUAUAAA